AUUUUAUUAUAAUGUCAAUUUCAAACAUAAGCACGCGGCAGAUCAUCCAGUACUAAUAAUCCCAACACUCCUUCAUAUUAUACACACGCAGGAGGGUGAAGUCUUGUUUUUUCCGUGAAAGUUAUUUAUUUUUUAUACAAAACCUUCCACUAACCAUUGAAUGGUAAGACAGAUAGAAUGCGGAAAAUUUUAGUCUCUAUCAACAAAAUUUAUAAAUCAGAAACUGCCAGCUACUAGGCAAUGAGAAUCCCUAAAACCCCAACGCUUUGCUCCAUAAGGUUUAUUCUUACAACUCUGCAGAAACGGGUGAGUGUUGUAAUCAUAGCUGUCUGUUCUAAAAUUGUUUAAUAUACUGUGAAUUAAUUUUAGCAUAUUCUGUCUGUAGCAAAGGAUUGUAAUCAAUUCAGUCAGAAUAAAGUAAUGGCUGCUCAUACCAUAUACAUGAAACUUUCGUUACUUAUGAUGGAUGGAGUGAAGGGAACUUAUAUCGCAUACCUUGGUGCUUUUCUUACUUCUAUUGGACUAUCAACAAGUCAAACGGGUUUAAUUACGGGGAUUCGGUUGAUUCCCGGCUUUCUCUGUGCUCCAGCGUGGGGUGCACUUGUUGAUCAUACCGGUCGAAGAAGACUAAUAAUGUGUAUUCUCAUGAUUGGUUCGUUAUUAACGCUGUUUCCGUUGCCGUGGAUUGCACGUUUUAGUGAGACAAAGCUUAAAAAACAGUCAAACUGCUCUAGUUGGAAUAACACCGAAUCUCCGCCAUUUAAAGACGUGGAAUGCAACAAAAAUUCAGAUGGUUUAUUUUGGGUUAUGCUUAUUGUUUUAUCUGUAUCAACCUGUUUUGAUCAACCGGCUCAUGCUUUAAUAGAUUCCGUAGUAGUAAGCAUUGUGCAAGGAAUGAAGAAAAGUGUUAACUACGGGCAACAAAAAGCGUUUGGUUCGAUAGGAUUUGCUUUAGGCAACGUUUUAGCUGGUAUCGCUGCAGACAAUUACACUAAUGCAACGCUAUCAUCAUACAGCGCGAUUUUUUUUGUAUUCUUAUCAUUUCUUCUUGGAGCUUUUCCAUUUUUCUUUAAAGUAAUUGAUCAAGUAGAAGGACAAAUUAAGAAUAGAAGAGAAAAUGAAAACAAAGAGAAUGAAAUUGAAACCAUUCAAACAGCGAGUCGAUUUUAUGCGUGGCAGCUUGUGGCGAAAACAUGUACAAAUAUGGAUAACUUUAUUUUUCUUUUUACUGUGUUUUUACAAGGGAUAAUGUCCGCGAAUAUGUUCAUUUUUCUUUUUGUUUUCAUGGAAAAGGAGUUAGAUGCUUCUAAAACGAAUAUGGGCUUAUCAAUGGGCGUAGCUGCUACAAGUGAAAUUGCUGUGUUUGCAUCCUCGCCAGUGCUGUUUCGAUUAUUUCGGGGAAAAAUUCCUUGCCUAAUUAUUGGAGUCUCCUCUUAUUUUGUGCAAUUUAUUUUGAUCUCGUUUGUCAACAACCCAUGGUUAAUUUUACCAAUUCGGCUAAACCAUGCGAUUGGAUUUGGAUUAUUUUGGGUGGCUUCGAUCGAACAAACAAAUAUUAUAAGCCCCAAGGAAAUAGCAUUCAUGAUGUUUGGUUUACUUAAUGGUUUGUUUUAUUCUCUUGGUGGUUGCGUUGGAACAAUAGGUGGAGGAGCUCUCUACGAUCGCUUCGGCGCUAGAGUAUUUUUCAGAGGAUUGGCGGCGUGCAGUUUUGCGUGGACUGUGUUUCUUUUACUUUACUUUUAUGUUUGGAAGCGAUUUGUCAACAAAUGUUUUCGGAGCUCUGAAGGAGAUGAAGAACAGCAUGAGAAAAAUGAGAAAAUUGAGAAAAAUACUUCAGAGGUGGUUGUAAAUGAUGCCGCUUUAUAAUCUGUAGAAUUAAUUUAAGAUCGUAGAAUUAUCUUAAGAUUGUAGAAUUACCUUAAAGUCGUAGAAUUAUCUGUUGAUCGUAGAAUUAUCUGCAGAUCGAAAGAUUAUCUUAAGAUCGUAGAAUUAU